CUCGCAAACCUCGCGCCCCAGCUAAGGAAGCUCAAACACGACCUAUCUCGCCAGGCGCUAAUGGAUGUUGAAGCGCCAGCACCCUCCACGUCGCCUCAGGAAGAGGAAGCGGAAAGUCGUUGUUCCAGCAGCACCAUGCUAUUUCGACAGCGAUGCCUGAAGAGAUUUCUGGUUGCAACUUACGUUUCGUCAUUUACCAAAUGGCCCUUGUCGAUUUCGAAUUGAGUUGUGCAGGACGGCGACAGGAGAUUAAACUUUUUCUUAAGUCACUCUCUUACAUCGUAAACUAAAGGAUCAGGAAAGCUGAAUACCACCGACGCUUUGCUGGUCGUUUUUGGGUAUCGUCUUCCGAAAUGCGACAAACCAACUCUCUGCGCUUAUCCACAAUUCUGCAAGAAAUCCAGUCUUUGCGGAGUGUAGUGUUGGAUUCCACUUCUGCGACAUUCUCGAUCCGGCCCGUCCAGUGUAUUGGAACUUGUACCUGCCUCCAAACUCGUCGUUUCACGUCAAGGGUGCGGGAACAAUCAAAGCGGGUACUCGAUCAACGGACGAAUAAGCGCAUACAUACUACGAGGUUCAAACGUCCACAAAAGAUUCCUUAUUUUUCAGGGUGAAGUCGAGGCAAACACGUAAAUGAAACCCGAAACGCCAACAGGGCUGCCUGAAUACCGUGAAGACAUUGUUGGUAUCUCAAAAUGCAAAAAGGUUGUCGAUGGACGAAACCCUUGUCGAGAUGGAGUACUCGUAGAAGGAACGAUCAGUUAAGCUGGACAGGCUUCGCCUCGUCGAGAAAGUGAAGAGUACUCUGAAGGCGAAAAGGUAGAUUUCGAUUGGGGGAUGACCACAUGCGAGCACUGUUUAGACUUCGGCGGCGGCGUCUGAGGCGGCAGAGGUACCGGUGUGAAGGGGAAAAAAUAGAAGCUUGCGAAAGGACAUGCGGGAAGAGGGGGAAAACGUAUUUCUCUAAGAAGGUUAUCGUGAUCUAUGCCUGUGCCUGUACAUAGAUGCGUGAACAACUUUUUGUGACAUUACUAGUACGUACGUACUUGCUAGCUUGAAGCUUU